CAGAAAAAAAAAAGAAACAGAAAGAAGAAGUCCCAAGUCCUCGAGAAUCGAAAUUCAGCGCUGUGCACCAAAGUGUGAGGCAGGAAGGAGGACACUGUAUAUGCAUCUCUCUGUGCAGGGUCUUUUCCUGAUCGAAAGCAAGAGAAAUGGGUGAGGAAGCAGAGGGCAGCCGCAGCAGCUGCGGGAUAAAAAGAGGAGGAGAGAGAUGGUCUCUCAAUGGAAUGACUGCUCUCGUCACUGGUGGCACCAAAGGAAUUGGAUGUGCGAUUGUAGAAGAAUUAGCUGGACUUGGAGCAUCAGUGUACACUUGUUGUCGUAAUGAAGUUGAUCUUGACAAGUGCUUGGAUGAGUGGAAGGGAAUGGGAUUGAAUGUGCAUGGUUCGGUUUGUGAUUUAUCAUCCCGUAUGGAAAGGCAGAAACUGAUUGAAGCUGUAUCUUCAUAUUUUAAAGGAAAGCUCAAUAUUCUUGUGAAUAAUGUAGGAACAAACAGACUAAAGCCUACUGUGGAAUAUACAGCUGAUGACUUCUCCUUUACAAUGGCAACCAACUUUGAAUCUGCUUAUCAUAUGUGUCAACUUGCACAUCCUCUUCUCAAAGCAUCAGAAGCAGGAAGUAUUGUAUUCAUGUCCUCUGUGGCUAGCAUUGUUGCUGUAAAUUCUUGUACCAUAUAUGGAGCAACUAAAGCUGCUAUGAAUCAGUUAACCAAAAAUUUGGCAUGUGAGUGGGCAAGUGACAAUAUUCGGACCAAUUGCGUGGCACCUUGGGUCAUAAUGACACCUCUUGCAAAAAAAUAUUUUGAAGCAGAGAAGAAUACAGAAAGUGUAGUCGCGCGAACCCCUCUCGGCCGCUUAGGGGAGCCAGAGGAAGUCUCAUCAGUGGUUGUCCUUUGCAUGCCAUCUGCAUCAUAUAUCACAGGGCAAGUCAUUUGUGUUGAUGGUGGAAUGACUGUAAAUGGUUGGUAUCGAUAGGACAGAAUAUCUCUCUCUCCUUAGCACAUGAAAUUAGGUCCACUAUUUUAUGUAUGUGCAUGUGUUAAUAAUGUUUGUGAUUUGUAUUGAGGUGAUCGUUGGGGAUGAUGUCUCCAGUUCAUUGUCAAUUUUGAUUAACAAAUUUGUAUUCAGCUAAGUGCCCCGCACACAUAUGUUGAGUGCUUUCACGCAAUGGUUUUGUAGUAAUAUGAUAAUACAAAUAUUCAAAAAUCAUGUUAAGGGCA